AUGACGGGUCCAGACCGGGCUUCGCUCAACCGCCGCUCCUCCACGCAGCAUUACCAGACCUUCGAUACUCCACCGCCUAAGUCGCGUGGGCGACCUAACUCGGGCCAGUCCGAAUCCUCUGCGGACGGCUCGCACGAUCCCCACCAUGACACAGCUGAUCUACUCGGAACGUCAUCGCCGCUGCCGAAGAGGCAAAUGGCAGUGCUGGCGAUAAUUGCACUGGCGGAGCAAACGGCGUUGAACUCAAUUAGUCCAUACCUCCCGGACAUGGCAUCGACAUUCCCCGAGGUGGAACCGACACAGGUGGGCGUAUACGUGGGCAGCAUUGCAUCGGCUUUUGCACUGGCUCAAUUCAGCACAAACUAUUUCUGGGGCUGGCUGUCGGAUCGUGUUGGUCGCAAGCCGGUGAUCCUGCUUGGCACAUUUCUGACUGCGCUGUGUUUUGUUGCAUUCGGUUUCUGCAAGACUCUUGUACAAGCUAUAGUUGUGCAGGCAUUGAUGGGGAUGGUAAAUGGUAACCAGGGGUUGGUGUCCACCUGCCUCGGAGAAAUCACCGAUCGAAGCAACCAGUCUCAGGCUUUUACCUACCUCCCGGUACUAUACGGAAUUGGAGGUAUAACGGGACCACUCCUAGGAGGACUCCUCAUUUUUGAGACGAACCCUUUUACUGGCAACAAAAACCCGUAUCCUUAUCUCGCACCAAACAUACUGUCCGCUGUUAUCCUUCUGGUGGAUUUCGUUUUCACGGCCAUUCUCCUGGAAGAGAGCCUCGAAGACGCAGACAGUCUUCCAAAGAUCGGCAAAAAAGUGCGCAGCCUGUUCACAUGGCUGUGGCAGUUCACCGGCAAUGCCCGCCACCCGACCUAUGUGGAGGUUCCGCAAGCAGUGCCAUACCCCCACAGCCACCGCGAUUUAGAGACCGAGGAUCACGACAGUGACCUAGACUCUGCGUCUGAGGUAUCAAGCAUCCUUGGCCACCACGAAGAGCUCUCUUGGGAUGAGCUCUUCACUCGAGAUACAAUAUUACUACUUUUGACAUACCUGAUCUUCGCUUUCUGCAAUGUUUCUUUUAACUCGCUCUUCCCAAUUUUCGCGCAAGCUAAGCCCCCGGCCGGACGGUCACUUACCCCGUCCGAGAUCGGCCUUGCUCAAGGGUUUGCUGGAAUCGUGACGAUCAUUUUCCAGAUCUGUAUCUUCAACCGCCUGCGAGACAAAAUGGGCAAUCGAUGGUCUUACCGCGCGGGCCUAUUUGGAUUUGUCAUCUCGUUUAUCUUACUACCCUUCAUUGGGUACAAGAGCAGGACCGGCAAGGGUCUGACUAGCAAGUCGGCCAUCAUGGCCAUCGAACUCUGCCUUGUGUUGCUGAUCAAGACCAUCGCCUCCGUGGGUGGUUUGACCAGUGCUCUGCUUCUGGUCACAAACUCGGCACCUAAUCAUACCGUUCUCGGCGCUUUGAAUGGUCUUGCACAGACUCUCUCCGCAGCUGGACGUGCAGUGGGCCCCUUCCUCUCUGGAGGACUGUUCUCCCUCACAGCCAAGAUCCAGCCUAAAGGAGAGGCCCUGGCAUUUGGAGUCUUUGGUGCAGUCUCCUUCAUUGGCUUCAUCAUGAGCUUCGGCAUCCGCGGUCGUUCACUUGAAGCCGAGGGAUGGGGUGAGGACAGCGAUGAUGGAGACAAGUCGGAUGACGACGAGCCGAAUGGUGUUUGA